CGGUCACGAGCCAGUCUACAGGUAAACACAAGAAGUUGGAACUAUGGUUUUCAAGGCUGCUCUGGUUAUAGCUGCGCUACUGGUCGUGCAUGCAUCUUGUUUCAAAGACAGCAACCCAAAGACAUACUCCAUCAACCUCGACCUUCCCCCCGAGCAGAGAUGGAAGGAAGUGGCCCUAGACAAUGCUGAAGGAAUAUUAAACUUAGUCAAAGAGAUCAAAGCAAUGGUGCCCCCUGGAACGGUGGACCUUGUGAGCCUCAUAGGACAAGAUGUGGAGAAAUACAUUCCGUAUCCUUAUAACCUUGAGAUUGUUGGAAUAACAGAAUCGAUCAAGGGCUUGACUGUCGGCGAGCUCAUUCUCGGUAAUACGUUAUACGAAGUGACUGCAUUUGGACACGGCGGAAAACCUGAAGCAAAAGCUUGUACAAGUAUUGUUGCCGAGACGUUGAAUGGUACAAUAUACCACGCUCGUAAUUUGGACUACAAUUUCGGCAAUAUUUUAAGAGGAUUAACGAUUGUGGUCAACUUCCAGAAAGGUGGCAAGACUGUGUACACAGGGACAACAUUUGCAGGCAUGGUUGGUCUUCUUACUGGCCAGAAACCGCACGGAUACACCAUCACACUCGACGAGAGAGACCAAGGAGAUUGGUGGAUGAAUGCUUUAGAGGCUCUACUAGCUGGCACGCAUGGAGUGUCUGCACUUCUCAUUCGAGACACUCUCGCUGAUCCAGAUAUGACGUUUGAUGAAGCUGUCCGUGUGUUGGCUGAUAAACCGUUGAUUGCACCGAGCUAUAUUAUUAUCGGAGGUACCACGGCGAGGCAAGGUGCAGUGAUUACACGAGACCGACUUGCAGCUGUUGAUUUAUGGAUGCUUGAUGCUUUCAACGGGCGCUGGUUUCUCGUGGAGACCAACUACGACCAUUGGGUACCACCCCCUUCGAGUGAUAAUAGACGAGACCCUGCAAUUAAAGCAAUGAACGAGCUCACUCGUGACAGCCUGGGGUGGGGGGGCCUAUACGAGGUUCUCUCCACACCCCCCGUGCUGAAUAAUGGUACUAUGUACACUGUUAUCAUGUCUGCUCAUCUACCCUCCAUCUACACAACCUGGAUUCGAACGCCCUGAUUGUGGACGAUUUAGUUUCCAAGAACAUGUUAGUUUCCAAGAACAUGUCUGUGUGCCUAUAAUUAUUAUUAUGUGUAUUUUUUUGUAAGUCAUUUACACGAUGAAGUGUUUUUUAGUGCAA